AUGUGUCCGCUGAGUGAAUGAGGAAUUUUUGAAGGUUGAUACAAACUGCACACACUGGAUCGGUGGCCGCUCCACCCAUCGCACCAAUGCAGUAUGGGUAUUGUUAUAUCUGGGUGUGUCAGCCUCCCAUGCAACAUUUCAAGGCACAGACUCGAAAAAGCAGACAAUCAGAUCUGGUCAUGUCAUUCUUCAAGAAAAUCUUUAAGAAAAUCAUCCAUGACAAGUCUGACGAUGACUCAGAUGGGCAUGAAAAAAAAGCACCUGUGAAGCCUUAUCAUGGAACAGUUACCCCACACCCAAACUUUAAUCCCAAUGCUGAUGCAGCAGCCCUGCGCAAGGCUAUUGAGUCCAGAGAUGUGGACGAGGCUACCUUAAUGGAGGUUCUGGUGAGAAGGAGCAACUCUCAGAGGCAGCAGAUCAAAGCCGUGUACCAGCUGGAGACUGUGGAGCCUCUGGAGGAGGCCAUUAAGUCUGCAUUGAGGUCAGACUUUGAGGAUGUGGUCAUGGGUUUACUGAUGACCCCAGGCCAAUAUGACGCCUAUGAACUGAAACAUGCCAUGAAGGGUAUUGGUACUUGUGAGACCAUCUUGAUUGAAAUCCUGGUGUCCAGAUCAAAUGAAGAAAUCAGAGAGAUUAAGAAGAUCUUCAAAGAAGCCUAUGAUGAGAAUCUGGAGGAUGACAUUAAGAAUGACUGUGGCGGAGACCUAAUGACAGCCUUGCUAGCCCUUUGUAAGGCUGACCGGUGUGAGGAUGUCGAAAUUGGGGACAGUAUCGCCAAAAGUGAUGCUAAGGCUCUGUAUGAAGCAGGGGAGAGCAAGAGAGGAACAGAGACCUCCAUCUUCGUUGACAUCUUCACCUCCAGGAGUGAACCCCAGCUCUGCAAAAUAUUCCAGCUCUAUGGUAAAUAUGGAGAUGUGUCGUUGGCUGAAGCAGUUGAUGAGGAACACAUAGGAGACAUUGAUGACUGUCUUAUGUCCUUGGUGAAGUGUGCCUGGAACAAGCCUGCCUACUUUGCUGAGAAGCUUCAUCUCUCAAUGAAGGGCUUUGGGACCAACAGUGAAACCCUGACUAGAAUCAUUGUGAGUCGCUCUGAAGUGGACCUGAAGAAGAUUCUAAAGGAAUAUAAGAGGAUGUAUGGCAGAACCCUGCAGAAGGACAUUUUGGAGGAGACAAAAGGCCAUUUUGAGAAGGUUCUUCUGGGCCUAUGUGGAGAUAACAUACUCCCUGGUCAACACGACAUGUAUGUUAAAAAACCUGUGAAGCCAUACUAUGGAACGGUUACCCCACACUCCAACUUCAGUGCCAUCCGAGAUGCAGCAGCCAUACAGAAAGCCAUUGAGGCCAAAGGUGUAAAUGAGGCCACCAUCCUAGAUCUGAUGGUGAAGAGGAGCAAUGACCAAAGGCAGAAAACCAAAGCUGCCUACCAGCUGGACACUGGAAAGCCUUUGGAGGAGGCCUUGAAAUCAGCUCUGAAGUCAGACUUUGAGGAUGUAGUGCUGGGAUUGCUCAUGAGCCCAGCUCAAUAUGAUGCCCAUGCACUCAAACAAGCCUUGAAGGGUUUAGGUACUUGUGAGGAUGUCUUGAUUGAAAUUCUGGUCUCCAGAUCAAACCAUGAAAUCAAGGAGAUUAAAAAGGUCUUCAAAGAAGCUUAUGACGAGGAGCUGGAGGAGGACAUUAAAAAUGACACCAGUGGAGAUUUUCUGACAACUCUUCUUGCCCUCUGUCAGGCAGAUCGUAGUGAAGAAUCUCUUGUUGAUGACAGCCUUGCCGACAAAGAUGCAAAGGCGCUAUAUGAGGCAGGAGAGAAGCAGAGAGGAACGGAGACCUCCAUCUUCAUUGACAUCUUCACCUCUAGGAGUGGGCCUCAGCUCCACAAAAUACUGAGUCUGUAUUCCAAGUACAGUGAGGAAGGCUUGGCCGAGGCAGUACAGGAUGAGCUGAAGGGAGACACAGAGGACUGCUUCAUGCAAUUAGUGAAGUGUGCCUGGAACACACCUGCCUACUUUGCUGAAAAGCUUCACCUGGCGAUGAAGGGCUUUGGGACCAACAGUGAAACCCUGACUAGAAUCAUUGUGAGUCGCUCUGAAGUGGACCUGAAGAAGAUUCUAAAGGAAUAUAAGAGGCUAUAUGGCAGAACUCUGCAGGAGGACAUUCUGGCUGAGACGAAAGGAGACUUUGAGAAGAUUCUUCUAGAACUAUGUGGAGACAACUGAGUAUUCAACCCCCUCUUAAUCUGUACUGAAGAUGUACUUGAAGUAUGGGCCUAAUAUUUUGUCUGCCGUCCAGUCUGUCCAAACAUAACACAGUGUCAUUUCUGUCCUCAAGGCUGUUCGUGUUUUUAGGGUACUGUGACAAAUUAUGUAUAGCACACUAACCCUAGUGAUAUAAUGAGAUAUCAGUUUAAAUCAGUUUGGUGAUGCAUCAUGGAGAGAUCUGUGUGACAGUUUAUAUAAUAUAAUAAUUAGCUGCUAAAAUAAUACAAUUAAUCUCCAAAGAGUGUUUUAUUCAUUGGAGCUUGUUAUAUUUAGUGGAAAAUAUAUUAUGUGGGGUAAUUGUUUAGACUAACUAUAUUUAUCUUCACUUCUGUGUAUGGAACUAUAAAAGAGGCAGUGUGAAUUAACCAUAGUGCUUAAUGAAAAAUAAUAAUCACUUCUAAGCAGUACCACAUGCAAUAUGUUCAUCUCAUUGGACCUCAUGGAAAGCCAGA